AUGACCACUCUCACCCUAUCUAACGGUGUACACGCUGAAGUCCCAGUCGUCAAUGAGGUCAAUGGCACCCGCACACCAAGGUCUCGUCCUGUUAAUGUAUUGAAGUUUGGUGGGACCAGCGUGGGGAAAUUUCCUCUGGAUAUUGUCAACGUCGUCAAGUCCUGUUCCUCUGAAACCGACGUCGCAAUAGUCUGCUCAGCAAGAUCUAGCAGUACCAAGGCCGCGGGAACGACAAACCGUCUAUUGCGAGCGGCCACCGAGGCAGAGAACCACCGAUCCCAAGAUUUUAAACGAUUGAUUGAAGAUGUUCGGCUAGAUCACCUGGAAGCCGCCGAAACCUACAUACAGUCCGAGAAGGUACGGUCGCAGUUCCGGGCGGAGUGCGAAGAUGAGUGCUCUUUGGUGGAGCGGAUACUAGAAGCCGCCCAGACUCUAGGCGAGACAAGCCCCAGAUCCAGAGACAAGGUCAUGAGCACGGGAGAAAAGCUCAGCUGCCGGUUCAUGGCAGCGCUGCUACAGGACCGAGGUAUCGACGCCGAGUACGUCGACCUUGCAGACGUGAUUGACUUCAGAGUCUCCCACAGCCUAGAUCAGCAAUUCUACGACAGCAUGGCGUCAAGGUUGGCAAAAAGGCUCCAAGACAUACCCCCGGGUAAAGUGCCAGUGAUUACCGGAUACUUUGGGGCUAUCCCUCGAGGUCUUCUGACAACGGUUGGUCGAGGCUACACAGACUUGUGCGCUGCACUGGUUGCUGUCGGCCUUGGGGCCAACGAGCUACAAAUAUGGAAAGAAGUGGACGGUAUAUUUACGGCUGAUCCUCGCAAGGUCCCGACAGCGCAAUUGAUUUCUCGUAUCAGUCCAGCCGAGGCCGCUGAACUCACGUUUUACGGCUCCGAGGUCAUUCACCCUUCCACCAUGGACCAAGUCAUCCGAUCACGGAUACCGAUACGCAUCAAGAAUGUGAUGAAUUCAAGAGGAGGAGGUACCAUCAUCUAUCCCGAUUCUCCAUCAGAACUAGCCUCGACAUUAUCAGGGCACGAUCCCAAACUUUUCCGAUCCAGGAGUCCCAGCCAACUCACGGAGGGCGAGAAGCCGAAGCGCCCGACCGCAAUCACUAUGAAGCACAAGAUCCUGGUGAUGAACAUUCAUUCCAAUAAACGAGCAUUGUCCCACGGUUUCUUUGCCGGAAUCUUUGCGACACUUGACAAGUGGCGCAUGUCCGUCGAUGUGAUUUCAACCAGCGAGGUGAACAUGUCCAUGGCCUUGCAUUCGGAAGCGCCUCUUUACACUGGGACAGGUGACGACGAGUACCAGAUCGUGGACCAGGAUCUGCAGGGAGCUAUCGAGGAAUUGAAAAACUUUGGAACCGUGGACAUUAUUCCAGAAAUGGCUAUUGUCAGCCUUGUGGGUAAGCAGAUGAAGCACAUGAUUGGUAUUGCUGGAAAGAUGUUCUCGACCCUCGGUUCAAAUAAUGUGAACAUCGAAAUGAUCUCGCAAGGAGCUAGUGAGAUCAACAUCUCUUGUGUGAUUGCGGAACGCGAUGCCGAUCGAGCAUUGAACAUUUUGCAUACGAACCUGUUCACCUUCCUGGAACCCUGA